AUGGGCUUUCAGAUCUAUGACAGCCAGCUCCGUGCAAGUUCAGCCCUUCUUGCCUCUGUGGAACUUCUCUCAAAUCGGGAAAGAUUAAUCCCAAAUUACAAAUGUGGCAUCCAUUAUCAUCCAGUAGCAGUCAUUGUGGCACCUGAUUCUUAUGUCUGUGUCACAGUUGCACCCAUCUUAGCUCUCUACAAGAUUCCACAGCUUAUAUAUGGCUCUGCCUCUGUGCUGAAUAACAAAGUCCAAGGAGCUUUCAUCCACCAGAUGUUCCCAGAUGAAACCCACCAAUAUAUGGGAAUUCUUUAUUUACUUCAGUAUUUCAACUGGACAUGGAUAGGGGUGCUUUACUGUGACAAUGAAAAUGGAGAAAGGUUUGUACAGAAUAUGCUUCCCAUUUUAUCAAAGAGUGGCAUCUGCUUUGACUACAUACAAUGUUUUCACAAACCAGAUUUUCUCAGUGAAAUAGAAAAUCAAAUGAAGGAAGCCAUUCAAAGAUAUCAAAUUGCCAUGGAUAGUUCUGCUAGUGUGCUUGUUAUACAUAGUGACAGUCACAUUCUGCCAAUUUUGAGGAUGAUGGUAGAGUUUUUAAUAGGGGAAGACGUACCAGUGAAGACAAAAGGGAAAAUAUGGAUUUUUACAACCCAAAUGGAUUUCACAGAGUUUAAUUUUCAAAGAUUUUGGGACUUCAGUCUCCUCCAUGGCAUUAUAUCCUUUGCAGUUCACUCAAAUGAAGUGCAAGGCUUCCAGGGAUUUCUACAGACCAGAAACCCUACCACAGAAAAAGAAGGUGGCUUUCUCAGGAGCUUUUGGGAAAAUGCAUUUUCAUGUUCUUUCUCUCACUCCCCUGUAUACGGAAAGAAAACCUGCACUGGGGAGGAGAAGCUGGAGUCUCUUCCUUCUUCAGUUCUUGAAAUGAGCAUGACUUCCCACAGCUACAGUAUCUACAAUGCUGUCUUUGCUGUGGUCUAUGCACUACAAUCUAUUUAUUCAUCACAGUCCAAAAAGAGAGCAAUUGUGAAAGGAGAAAACCAUGAGAUUUCCAAUCAACUGCCUUUGCAGUUCCACCACUUUCUGAGAUAUGUGUCAUUUAACAACAGUGCUGGGGAAUGGAUUUCCUUUGACCAAAAUGGUGCCCUAAUAGCUGGAUUUGAUAUUAUCAACUGGCUUGCCUUCCCAAACAAUUCAUUCAUGAGAGUUAAAGUUGGAACAGUAGAUCCAAUUGCUCCUGCAGACAAUGCCUUAACUAUUUCUAAGGAUGAUAUCAUGUGGCCUAGCAGUUAUAACCAGGUAUGUCCUCUUUCUCUUUGUAAUGAUAACUGCCCCUCUGGUUUCAGCAAGAGAAAGAAGGAAGGAGAGCCAUUUUGCUGUUACGAUUGCAUUCCCUGUCCUGAAGACAUGAUUUCAAAUGAGACAGAUAUGGAUGCUUGUUUUGAGUGCCCAGAAGGACAAUAUCCAAACAAUGGUCAGCAUGGAUGCAUUCCAAAGUAUAUCGUCUUCUUGUCUUACGACGAACCUUUAGGAGUCACUUUGGCCAUUCUUUCCCUCUCCUUUGCUCUCCUCACAGCUUUGGUGCUUGGCAUCUUCAUUAAGUAUCAAGACACUGCCAUAGUGAAAGCCAACAACCGCUGCCUGUCUUAUGUUCUCCUUACUUCCCUCAUGCUCUUAUUCAGUGGUGCUUUGCUGCUCAUGGGUCAGCCUCACAACCUCGCAUGCUUCUUUAGACAGUGUGUCCUUGGUUUUAUCUUUACAGUAGCUCUAUCGUGUGUCUUGGCCAAAGCCAUCACAGUGGUCCUAGCUUUCAACGCCACUAAGCCAGGGUCCAAAAUGAGGAAAUGGAUGAGAAAACCACUGGUCAAUUCCAUUGUUUUUUCCUGUUCGUAUAUUCAAGCCAUUAUUUGUGUGAUAUCGCUGGUAACCUUUCCCUCAUUCCCAGAUUUUGAUAUACACUCAAUGGCCAAAGAAAUUGUCCUGUACUGUAGCGAAGGCCCAUUUUUUCUGCACUACAGUGGCUACGGCAUGGUAGGUGCCUUGGCCGUUCUAGGUUUCAUUGUGGCUUUCUUUGCCAGGAAGUUACCUGACGUUUUUAAUGAAGCUAAGUGUAUCACCUUCAGCAUGUUGGCGUUUUGCAGUGUAUGGACCUCCUUUAUUCCAAUAUACAUGAGUACAAAGGGGAAAUAUUUGGUGGCUGUGCAGGUCUCCUUCAUCGUAGCUUCAAGUGCUACAUUGCUAAUAUGCCUAUUUUCUCCUAAAAUCUAUAUCAUUUUGCUAAAGCCUGAGCUAAACAAAAAACAGUCACUCUGGAGGACAAGAACCUGA